AUGAUUCUAGCAGAGUUGACAGGAGCACCAUCAGACACCAGGGGCUCCAAACAGACACUAGGGGGCUCCAAACAGACACCAAGGGGCUCCAAACAGACACCAGUGGGCUCCAAACAGACACCAGGGGGCUCCAAACAGACACCAAGGGACUCCAAACAGACACCAGGGGGCUCCAAACAGCAGACACCAGUGGGGUCCAAACAGACACCAGAGAACUCCAAGCAGACACCAAGUGAGGUCCAAACAGACACCAGGAGCUCCAAACAGACACCAGGGGCUCCAAACAGACACCAGAAUCCCAAACGAACACCAGGGGGCUCCAAACAGACACCAGUGGGGUCCAAACCCAAAGACACCAAGAAGUCCAAACCCAGACACCAGGGGCUCAGAAACCAGAUUACCAGGGGCUCCAAACCAGACACCAGGGGGCUCCAAGCAGACACCAGGGAAACCAAAACUGAAUACCAGUGGAGCUCCAGUGUAUCCUUUACAGCACGUCCUUAA